UGUUGAGCUUUUAGGCUAUGCAUCUCUCUGUCUGUUUGUCCAUUUAUUGAAAUGGCAGAAGGCAGUUUUUCUCAGGAUCAGUUCAGCUGUUCAGUGUGUCUGGAUCUACUGAAGGAUCCAGUGACCAUUCCUUGUGGACACAGUUACUGUAUGAGCUGUAUUACAGACUGCUGGGAUCAAGAUGAUCAGAAGGGAGUCUACAGCUGCCCUCAGUGCAGACACUCCUUCACUACAAGACCUGCUUUAUUUAAGAAUGUGAUGUUUGCUGAAGUGCUGGAGAAACUGAAGAAGACAAAACUUCAAACUGCUCGUCCUGCUCACUGUUACGCUGGACCUGGAGAUGUAGAGUGUGACGUCUGUACUGGGAAAAAAUACAAAGCUGUCAAGUCCUGUCUGGAGUGUCUGAACUCUUACUGUCAAAAUCAUCUUGAACAACAUGAGAAUCUCUUUAAAGAUAGGAGGCAUAAUCUGAUGGAUCCCACUAGACGACUCCAUGAGAUGAUCUGCUCAAAACAUAAUAAACAGCUGGAAAUCUACUGUCGUACUGACCAGAUGUGCAUUUGUUAUCUGUGUACGAUGGAUGAACAUAAAAACCACGAUACUGUAACAGCUGCUGCAGAGAGGACUGAGAAACAGAGUCUUUUGGGAGAGACACAGAGGAAACUGCAGAAAAGAAUCCAGGAGAGCGAGAAGAAGCUUGAGGAGCUGAGAGAGGCUGUGAAGUCUCAUAAGCGCUCUGCACAGACAGCAGUGGAGGACAGUGAGAGGAUCUUUACUGAGCUAUUGCGCUCCAUUGAGAGAAGCCGUUCUGAGGUGACACAGCUGAUCAGAGAUCAGGAAAAGGCUGCAUUGAGUCAAGCUGAAGGACUCUUGGAGCGACUAGAGCAGGAGAUUGCUGAUCUGAGGAGGAGAGAUGCUGAGCUGGGGCAGAUUUCACACACACAUGAUAACACACAAUUCCUGCAGAGUUUCCAGUCUCUAUCUGCACCUCCUGAAUCUACAGUUUUAUCCAACAUUACUGUCAGUUCUCUCCUCUCAUUUGAUGAUGUAGGAAAAUCUGUCUCUAAACUGAAAGAAAAACUGCAGGAUUUCUGUAAAGAGAUAGAAAAGAUAGCUGAUAGAGGUAAAGUAUUAAAUGUUCAUUUACUCUCAAAAAUAAGUUUUGUUUCAUUUAGAACAAAAGAAACUGGAGGGGAAAUAUUUACUUUUACAGUAAUAAUGUCUGUUUAUUCCUUAGUGACAAACAUCAAAAUUAUUCCAUCCAAAGAACCCAAGAUCAGGGAGGAGUUCCUACAGUAUUCCAGUCAGUUCACUCUGGAUUCAAACACAGUGAAUAAAUACCUCCGUCUGUCUGAGGGGAACAGAGUGGUUACUUACACUGACACAGUCCAGCAGUAUCCUGAUCAUCCAGACAGAUUUGAUGGUGUUUCUCAGGUGUUGUGUAGAGAAAGUGUGUGUGGACGCUGUUACUGGGAGAUCGAAUGGAGUGGGAGUUACGGUGUGGAUAUAUCAGUGUCAUAUAAGAACAUCACCAGGACGGGACGGAUAAAGUGUGCAUUUAGAUAUAAUAAUCAGUCCUGGAGUUUGUACUGCUCUCCUUCCAGAUACUCAUUCGUGCACAAUACAGAACGGACUGAACUCCCUGUGUCCCACAGCUCCUCUAGAAUAGGAGUGUAUGUGGAUCACAGUGCAGGAACUCUGUCCUUCUACAGCGUCUCUGACACAAUGACCCUCAUCCACAGAGAACAGACCACAUUCACUCAACCUCUCUAUCCUGGGUUUGUGUUAAAUAGGGGAUCAACAGUCAAACUGUGUCAUUAACAAAAUAGAAGAUAAAGUUAUUCUACAAAUAAUAUUGUCAUAUCACAGCUUUGAACUCCAUGAUAAAUCAGUAACAGUUUGAAUAAAAAAGAAAUCAACACUUGUCACUGAUAUAACACAUCAGAUUUUACAGUAAUUGAAUAAAAACCUCAUCAGCCAAAUCAUAUCAGCCCAAA